UGGCGGUGUAGGUUUUGCUAUGCCGUCGCAUCACCCGUGGCCAUGGCAGAGGUAGAGGAGCCCCCUGCCAAGCGUGCAAGGAAUGGAGAAAAUGGUGGCGAGGCUGAUGAGUCCAACAUCACAAUGGAGGAUAUCUUCGGGGAAGGCAUCAAUCAAUCUGGCCUUGAGAAGGUGCUGGCCGAACAGAUGGACGAUGACUCGGACAAUGACAAGCAGUCAGUCCAGAGCUUCCUUGUGGAUGACCAGUUCGGACAAGUAGAUGAUGCUCAAUUUGGUCUCACCCCAAGCAAGCUCGAUUGGGUGACAAAUGUCUUUGGCGAUACCUCUGUGCUGAGACCUUUGGGAGAACUUGAAGGCGGCGAUGAAGAUGCUCCUCCUGCUGUUCAUGCCAGCCUUGGCGCUGCUGAAGCAGCCGCGGCUGCAUCAUUAGCCGCAAAACAAGAGUCGACUGAAGCAGAUGCCACGGCCGUUGAAGCUGUUCUGCCGCUGUGCGAUGCCUUGGAUCCCGAUGUUCUGGAGAAGUCCUACCAACUUCCUGUGGACCAAGCCUUUGCAAACAGCCAAGAGCCAGAACGCUGGCUGCAGACAUAUUGUCAGGGACAAGCUAACAGUGUGCGUUCCUGGACAGAUGAGGAAUAUCAAACAGAGGCUCGUUGGAUUUACAAUCAGGCCUUCAGGAGCCGUGGUUAUGAGCGACAGAUCACCGAAACUGCCAUUGUGCGUGUUCUAUCGAAGUUGCAUGACAAGAAGUUAGAGCUUGUCUACAUCGUGGAACAUGUCUGGUGGAUGGUUGCAAAGGCUCUAACCAAGGAAGACCUGUGGACGAUCCAGGAGUAUGACUUCUUGUGGCAGCCACUUUGGAAGCGAUACCUGCUUCUCCUUGAAUGGACUCAGAAGUUGGAACAAGCAGGAACUUCCGUACCUGACCACAUCAAGCAGAGAGUUCAGCGGGAUGUCUGGAACCAUCCAGAUGCAGAACAAUUUCAGCGAGAUGCACAAGACUGGCUCAAAGCCAUGCAUCCAUCUACAACUCCAUCUGGGGAGUCGCUGCGAAGCACAACUUCCUCAGUGGAUGCAGUCAUGAAGAUGGCAAGGAGGUCAAAGUUUGAUGAGAAGCUUGGCAUCAAAGAGUCAAUCGACGUGCUUUCCUUGAAGGCUUUCGGAAUUACUCCACAUGAACUUGGCGAGAACAUCCAUCACAACAAGCAGACCUUUUUUCCAAGGGAGGAGAAUGACAGUCAGGAAGAUUUGAAAACCGUAUGCGAGAAGCAUACGGACAGCAAUUUUGUCUCCUGGGAGGCAGUGCGCGAUGCAGUCACAACCUUCCUCAUGCGCCUCAUUUCAACUGAGCCUCGUAUUCGGGAGUACGUGCGAAAGGAGUUUUGGAAGCUCUGCACGAUCUCGGCCAAAGUUACGGAAGCUGGCCGAGUGUUAGCCAAAGAAGCUGCACAUUCUUUCAAAGAGUCAUACAGAGGCUUUCAUGUCACUUAUCGCCCAGUGUCAAAGUUUGAUGAACGAGGGAGUCUCUUUCUUGAGAUGAUGCAAUUGCAACGUAAGGGCCUCAUCACCAUUGACUAUGCAUUGGUUGUUGAAGAUCCACGAGAUGAAAGGAAAAAGAUUGUCACUGCUUGCCACAGCUACCAUGACCUGAUCAGGAUAAAACAGCGCCUUACUGCGCACUCUGCGAAGAGGCAUAAUCCAGAAGAGCAUAUGCCCAGCGACCCAAAACUUCUGGCAUUGUGGAAUCGCUGCGAGGAUUUGACUCAAAAGCUUGAGGCCGCAGCGCGUUUGAAGGAGGCGGAGAUGAGGAGGCAAGCAGCCGGAUCAGACAUGAAGGCGAAGGUCACUUCAUCUUACAAGUCAGCUGGUAUGGUCCUGGACAUGGACCAUUUGAGCUCAUUCAUUGUGCAGGAUCCUAUCUAUGAGAAGCUUUCUUUGAUGUACUGUGUGACCGUCGAAGAGACUUCCACAAGCUUUGCUGUGCUGGACUCUCCGUGGAAUACAAUGCGAAGGACCAUUUUACGGCGAGCUCUGCAAGAGGAGCUUUACCCAAUGUUCUGGGCUGAAGUACAGGACUACCUGAUGAAGAUGAGCAGCCAAGUGGUUUGCCAAUCAUUGAGGGACAAGCUGACACUUAUGACAGAUGUGCGGCCCAUUGCGGAGACCGACUUAAGUUUGGAUGAAGCGGAAGACAAGAUCAAGCAGAUGCGGCAGGACGAUGACGCAGACCUCAGUCGGAAGCGAGAGGAUCGGAACUGGCUCUCAGAGCGAGCAGCAAGGAAGAAGGGGCUGGUAUCUAUUGUGGUGAUCCUUCCAGAGGCCACAAGUGAGACAUGCGUCGUCGGCUUUGUCAAUGCAUUUGGCGAGCCAGUUGACAUGAGGUCCGUCUUCAAACGUUGCUUGCACCUGCCGCGAGCAAGACUAAACCCGGUCGAAAAAGGAAGCUACAACGAUGAAGUUGACGUCAAGAUUGCAGAGCACAGGGAGUCAUUGAGACAACUCUUCGCGACCUACAAACCUGCAGUGGUGCUACUCGCCAUUAGUGAUUCCAACAUACUGAAGAUGAAGAACGACCUCGAAGACCUGCUGUACAGAGAUCAAGAUCUGCUGGUUCAUUUCAAAGUGCUGCCCAGGAUCCAUUAUGUGGACACGACAGUGCCUCGAGCUGUCGCGUACAACAAACGUGUGAUGGAAUCACCUGCCUACCGCGACUACACCAUUCCUUCGCACCGCAUGGCCAUCAGCUGUGCACGGUACCACCAGGAUGCUCUCGCUGAAACUUGCCAGCUUUGGCACGAGCUUCCUGAUGCAAACGGCAUCCUUAAGUUAGCCUUGCACCCUUUGCAAGCAGAUGUUCCCAAGGAGAUGAUGGGCCGGGCUAUCACCCGAACUUUGCAGGAAGUCCUCAGCAAGUGUGGAUUGCAAAUCAAUAAGGUUCGUAGAUCUCUGCAUUUGCAAAGCUUGAUCCAGUUUCUCCCUGGGCUUGGACCACGAAAGGCCAAGCUCUUCAUGAAAACCUUGGCCAAUCCUGUGACGUCUAGGCAGACAGUCGUGGACAUUCUGGCAAAACAUCUCAACAUUCAGGACAAAGUGCGCAACUCUGUCAUUGAAAACAUACUGCCCUUCAUCAAGAUUGAGCCAGACUUCCGUGAUGCGUUUGAUGAGGAAUACUCUCCAAGUUUGGACCGGCUUCGCAUUUCACCAACCUUCGAGAACUGGGUGACGGCCUUUUGUCGGGAAGCCCUUGAGGGCCAAGCCAGCGAUCUCUUCGGCGAGUCCGAACUUGAAGUUCGUGGGACUGAUGAGGAGGGGGGUGCGAACGAUGUUGCGAGGAGAGUCAUCCGCCUGAUGCGCGAGGAUCCCAAUUUCCAGACUGUUCUUCAGGACCAUGAUUGGUCAACGUGGCCAGCCCGUGCAGGUGAGCCAAACUAUCCAGAGUGCGCUGACAUCGACCAACUUUUUGAUCGAGUUCUUGGAGAAUUGCUGGAACCCUACAAGGACCUCCGGCCAGUCUUCGCAGAUCUGGAAGGGGAGCAACUGUUCUAUCUUGCCAUGGGCGAGAAUUCGGGCGAGUUCAAAGCUGGUUGCAUCGUCCGAGCCAAUGUAUUGCGAGACGAGGAGUUUCCGGACAAGGACCUCGGUUCAGAGAAGGAAGGCAUCAUUCCCAAGGUCCAGGUGAGAUUGGCCGGAUCUGCCGCAGUCAAAGGAUCUUUUCUCAAGGCAUACAAGAGGAAUCAAGCUGGCUUGGGGAUGACUGGUCACAUCCCGGGAUGUGAUCGACAUUUUAUGCCCAAUGAGCCCAUCCUGGCCAGAGUCAGAGAUGUCAAGCAAGGAAAGGCAACCUUUUUUGUCAUGCUCUCCGUGGACCAAGACGAGGAGAUGUGGUUCGAAAGCUUCCCCAUCAAGGAGGAGGAUUUGCCAUACUUCUUGCCAAGCGGCAACGAUGACUGGACCCAGGUAAGCUUGGGCCUGCUGGACAACACAGCCUCGAAAAAGAAGGCCGAAUUGAAAGACUGGGUGCGACGGCCGAGAAACAUCAAGCACCCGAACUACAUUGUGGGAGAUCAUGACCAUGUGCUCCAGAUUCUGCAACGCUCGCUACUAGGAAGUGUGCAGUUUCGCUCUUCAAAGCACUACGAUGUCGUCUUUGGCUUGUUGAAGGUCAAUCCUACACUGCCAAGGGAGUUGACUCCAGGCGUCCACACGGAGAUCGUGGCUCCUGAAAGGUGCUAUCGUCAAUUCCACAUCUUUGAGCGUUUGCCACUGAAGAACUACGGAUAUGGCUUUGAAAUCGCUCCAGAAUUGGAGGUGGACGGUUUUGUGUAUGGUAGCUUCGACGAGAUUAUUGCACGCCACAUGGAACCAAUCAUGGAGAACCUCAGGGCGAUACAGAACCACAAGCAUUUUGGCCUGAAAGAGGGCCAAAUUACCGACAAGAUACAAGUGGAGGAUGGUCUCAAGUACUUAAGCCGUGGCAACCGGGUGCUGCAGUACAAGCUUCUACUACAUGACCAAGCACCCGGGCAUGGCCAAUUGCUAUGGUGUGUCCAAGCAAAAUCAGUGAAGGAGGAACUCAUCGAAGUCUUCCCCCACGGCUUUUUCCUUUGGGGUCUCCAUUUCAGGACAUUGAGAGAAUUGAUCGAAUGGUUCAAAGAGACCGGAUGGCGAAACCGGGACAAGUGCAGAAAGGAUUUCCGUGAGGAGUGCAGGAAGAGAGAGGAAGUGAUGCGAGACAAGCGUGGGGAGCACGCAGAUCCAGAUGCAGCAAUUCGAAGAAAGAGAACGCUCAGGAUGGCUGCAGGUGCUGAUGGACUCCAAACACCAGGUGGAAGAUCCGGCGCACCCACUCCAUACGGCCACUUCAGACAGGAGGCCAAUGCAGCAACGCCAGCUGGUUUGUUCUCGAGCCCGGGCACAACCCGGACUGUUGCACCUGGCAGCGUGCCUCCUUCGCCAGUUGCUGCCACUCCAGCCCGAGGUGGGACAAUAACUCCAGCAGCCUGCUUUGAGCGUCCAGGAGCUCCAGCGACCCCUCUGCAUGCAUUCCCGAAUUUCUCACGUGGAGGUGCCAUGACACCAACAGGCCCAGGCGCAGCCAUGACCCCGCAUGAAGCUCCAGGAACACCUGCAAACGCUUUCCCCGGAGGUGCGAUGACACCAAGCAAUAUCAUUCCACACACGCCUUUUGACACGCGACCUGGUACUCCUGGGCAACAAAUUCCACAGACUCCGCUUCUAGGAGGUGUGACUCCUGCUGCGCCUCCAGCAUAUCAAUACCACGAUAUGAUUGAUGGAGGCACACCAGGAGAAGUCCCCGUGACCCCAGCAGCGCGGCCAAGAGGCUGACCUCUUUGGGAGACGAGACAUGGGGCCAAGAUCGAUCCAGGAAGACUUGUUCACGUAUACGCUGAUUGGUAUGGGCUUUUUGGAGUUCUUGGCCAUUGUUUGAAGGUGACAAGCAGCCACCCGCCUCUGAGUGCUGAGUCCGUCUGACAACUUAAUGUGCCGACGGAUUGGAAAGUGACUCCAAGUCAUAGUGCGCAG